CGUCGAUCCCCCCACGUUGGUAAACAUUUAACAAUUCUUUUCAAGCAAACCUCGUGCUCAAGAAGACCGGCACCUCGAAGCGUCCUCAAAAUCGACCAAAAUGGCACAGAAAUUGGGCUUCAAAGUCGCCGAUAUCUCGCUGGCCGAGUGGGGUCGCAAGGAGAUCGACCUCGCCGAGAAUGAGAUGCCAGGGCUGAUGACCCUGCGGCAGAAGUACGGGCCGAGCAAGCCGCUCAAGGGCGCGCGCGUCGCCGGUUGCCUGCACAUGACCAUCCAGACGGCGGUGCUGAUCGAAACGCUGACGGCCCUGGGCGCCGAGGUGCAGUGGUCGAGCUGCAACAUUUUCAGCACGCAGGACCACGCCGCGGCCGCCAUCGCCAAGACCGGCGUCCCGGUCUACGCCUGGAAGGGCGAGACUGACGAAGAGUACCUUUGGUGCAUCGACCAGACCAUCAUUUUCCCUGAUGGAAAGCCACUGAACAUGAUUUUGGAUGACGGUGGCGACCUGACCAACCUGGUACACGAAAAGUACCCCCAGCUUUUGGAGGGAAUCAAGGGCAUUUCUGAGGAAACUACCACUGGUGUCCACAAUUUGUACCGCAUGAUGCGCGAGGGAAAGCUGAAAACUCCGGCUUUCAACGUCAACGACUCCGUCACCAAGAGCAAGUUUGACAACUUGUAUGGCUGCCGCGAAUCGCUGAUUGAUGGAAUCAAACGAGCCACUGACGUCAUGAUUGCCGGAAAGGUGGCCUGCGUUGCUGGUUACGGCGAUGUCGGCAAAGGAUGCGCACAAUCCUUCAGGGCUUUCGGAGCUCGAGUGCUCGUCACUGAAGUUGAUCCCAUCAAUGCACUCCAGGCAUCAAUGGAAGGAUACGAGGUGACCACUAUGGAAGAGGCCUGCAAGGAAGCUCAGAUCUUUGUGACAACCACUGGCUGCAAGGACAUCAUUCGUCCUGAACACUUUGUCCAAAUGAGAGACGACUCGAUCGUCUGCAACAUUGGUCACUUUGACUGUGAAAUUCAGGUCGCUUGGCUGAACGAAAAUGCUACUUCCAAAGUCAAUAUCAAACCUCAGGUUGAUCGUUACACUUUGGCCAGUGGCAGGCGCAUCAUUGUCUUGGCCGAGGGCCGUCUUGUCAAUUUGGGCUGUGCUAUGGGACAUCCGUCGUUCGUCAUGAGCAACUCCUUUACCAACCAAGUGUUGGCUCAGAUUGAGCUGUGGACAAAGCCUGGCCAGUAUCCUAUUGGAGUGCACAUGCUACCUAAAAAGCUGGAUGAGGAAGUUGCCUUGCUCCACUUGGACCAUCUUGGAGUAAAACUGACCAAGCUCAGUGAUGACCAGGCAGGCUACCUUGGCAUCCAAAAAGAAGGACCUUUCAAGCCUGAACAUUACCGCUACUAAAUAAUCCUCACACAUUCAUUUGUCUUUUUUUUCUGUGAAUUUUUAAAAAAAAUAAAUGCGUGUCUGCA